AAGGCUACUCAGCCCCGCCUGGGUUGCAUUGAGGCAGACACUGGAAAUGGUGACAUUCGGCUGAACACUCGUAUAUCAAGAGCAACACCGUGACUCAACAGACGCAUCUCUGCGCUCAUAUACAUAAAGACAUCCAACUGACCGCUAUUCGUGACCAAGGCUUCAUUUUACAAUCAUUCGUAUAGAGUGGCCCUUAGUUUUCUCAUAUCCGAGCACAGGAUGUCAGAACAACUCCAAGGGCAAGCCGCACAGGUGCAAGCUGCUCAGGGCCCGGCAGUCCCACUACUGCCCGCACAACCGACUGAAGCCAACCAACCCAACGCCAUCGUCGACUACAACUUCCCCCCGAAGCCGCUACUCAAGCUCAAGUCUUGCUAUGUCCGAGUCUACCACCCAUAUGACGCGCUCUCAAUGUCCCACUUUGGCAACAACGCCGCGGUGGUCAAAUACAUGACUCUUGGAUUCCCGUCGCCUUACACGAUUGCAAAGGGCUAUGCGUGGCUCAACAUGUGUCUGUCCGCCCCAACGCAGUACAACUUCGCAAUCUGCGUCAGACCAGGCGACUACGAUGACGUGACUCCUCGUUUCUCGGCCCCGGAACCCGGCGAAGCUCACUCUUGUAUCGGGUCCAUCGGUCUGAAGCCCGGGAGUGACAUUGGCGCACGAACGGCGGAGAUCGGGUACUGGGUCGGCGAGCCGUACUGGGGCAAGGGGAUCAUGACGGAGGUGCUUGCCGGCUUCACGGACUGGGCCUUUGAAGCCUUUGGGUAUCUCCGGCUCUGGGGCGGGGUGUUGUCGCCGAAUACGUCGAGCUUCCGAUGCUUUGAGAAGGUUGGGUAUUUGAGGGAAAGUGUGAUACGGCAUGCUUUCGUCACUCGGGAUGGUGUGCUUUGUGAUGAUGUGGUCUUCAGGAUGUGUAGAGACGAAUGGGAGGAGCUGAGGAAGGAGAAAGGCCUGACUGGGGGGUCAUAAUACGUGGCAUGAGGUCUACAGGGUUCCAAGGGGGUACGGGGUCAAUCCGCUCAUGUAUGUUGAAGCUGUCUCACUGGCCACUAUCGACACUCUCCUUUCAAAUUCUGACAAAACCUUUCUUCAUCUACAUCAUCUACUACAUCGUGUUCUUUCUCAAUGUCACAAGAUUAUACGAGCAUUCCGGGGGUCCUCGAUCAUGAUUGGUCAGGAAAAACCGGAGCCGAA